AUGAUAACCGCAAAAAUCGCUUUGUCCGCACUCUUUGCUGUCGCCACCGCCACAUACGGUGGUUAUGGAUACGGAGGCUAUGGAGGCUAUGGUGGUUAUGGUGGUAAGGGCUAUGGGGGAUACGCCCUGAUUGGCGGCUACGGUCUCGGCAAAUACGGCGGUUAUGGUGGUUAUGGAAGUGGUUAUGGAGGUUAUGGUGGUUACGAUGGAGGAUAUGGAGGUUACGGCAAAGGUUACGGAGGCUAUGCCUACACCACCGUCCAGAAGACCAUCUCACCGGUUGUGACUAAAGUGGUCGCCGCACCCGUUGUUACCAAGGUUAUUGCCGCCCCAGUCGCCUAUGUGAAGUCUUAUGAUGGUGGCUAUGAUGGUGGUUAUGGCGGUUAUGGUUAUGGUGGUUAUGAUGGCGGUUAUGGUGGCGGUUAUGGCAAGGGAUACGGCGGUGCCGUCCUUGUCGAUGGCGGCUAUGGUUAUGGCGGUUAUGGCAAAGGAUACUAA